AUGACCAAAGCACCAAACGAAAAUAUUGGUUCUAAUACUGGAACAUCUGCAUCAUCAUCGUCCUCAUCAACAUCUACAUCAAUUCCAGCAAACCCUACCAAUAAUAUUAUAAAUUUACCAACACCUUAUGAUAUAUCAUACGAAAGAAUCGACUUAGCACCAUUAAAAAAACAACUAGAUGCUGUAUUAAAAGAUAGAUCAGAAGAUUAUUGGGAAUGGAUACGUAGGUUUUUAGCCGGUAAGCUUUCUAAAAGAGAAUUAGACUAUUAUGUUCAAACAAAUUUAACAGAAGCAUAUUUACAUUUACAUAAUCAGUUUUUUAAAGCAGUUAUUUUUAAUGCAUUCUAUUCUAAAACAUCACCACCACCAAUUAUGGAAUCAGCUAAAUCCGCACAAACAGCAUCAGCAUUGGAUAAAAAAAGAAAACAGCCAUCAACAGCCGUCAAACCAAACAAAAAAGAAUCGAAAAAAAGAAAAGAUGGAUUACCAACAACUUCACCAACAGUUGCAUCUACCAGUCCAAUACCAGCUGCUAGCACUGCUGCAACUCCCUCGACAUCAUCAAACAAAUCUAUUAAAAAGACUCCAUCAAACAAAACAAUUAAAAAACCACAAUCUUCAAGUUCAAAGCUCUCAAAACAAAAAAAGAAAUACUAUCCAAAAUACUCUUUAUAUUCAUCACAAUUACAAACACUUAAAGAAAAAAUGGAAACCAUUGCCAGUGAACAUGGCCUCGAAGGUAUUUCGAAACAAUCGAUUAUAUAUAUGAAAUUAGCUUUGGAGCAACAUAUCAUUAAUUUUGUAAAUAGGACCAAACCUCAUCUUAUAUCUAAAAAUGUUGAACCACCACUACAACCAAAUCAGGUGAUACCACAAUUUUUAAAUUUUGAUAAUACAGACAACAAUAAUAAUAACUUUAAUAUAGAUAAUAAUAUUAAUAGUAAAAAUAAUAUAGAUAAUUAUAAUAUGGACACCAGUGGUAAUAGUUAUAAUGAAUUUUUAGAAAAUAGUGACAAUACAAACGAUAAACCAAGCACUAAUAUGGAUGUAAAUAUACAAGAAAGUAAUAAUAAUAAUAAUAAUAAUGAAAACAAAGAUCAAACUAUGACCGAUAAUCAAAAUACCAAUAUUAAUGAUAACAACCAAGCUAAAGAUCCAACUAUACCUUACAAUAUAGAUAAUAACUAUCAAAGUAAUAAUACUAUAAACAACUAUAAUAAUUAUAAUAUGGAUAUCAGUAAUAAUAAUAACAAUAAUAAUAAUAAUAAAGUUUUCAAAUUCAGUGAUGUAUUUAAUUUUAAAAAACCAAUAGAAGAAUUAAAAGUUAGUUAUCCAAAAUAUGUAGAAUCAAAUAACCCAUAUCUAUCACAACCAAUAUCCUUUUACAAGAUACCAGAAAAUAUAUUUUCGUCAUCCAGAACAAAAGAAUGUGAGUCAAUUAUUUCAACUCAAGAUUUAUUUACAAUGAUAGAAGAAAAUCCACAAAUAUUAAGAGACGACCAACUAUCAUAUGAAAGAAUUAAUUUAUUGCGAUAUUAA